CGCGCUGUCUCGCUCCUCUAGGCACCACGGCUUUCCUGUUACUGCAUGGCGCAUCGCUGCGUUCGCAAGUUGAGGCUUGCGACGGCUAGCAGCUACGCUCAUGUCCGCCCCUUCCACUCUACCACCUCGCGGCUCGAUGCGCUAGCUGUACCGUCCGCCGCGUCAAGUUCCUCAUCUACACCGCGCGAAGAAACCUUCAGCAACACGCCCCUUGGCCGGAAAAUAGCGGAUAUUCGCGCUCUGCUGGAGAUCAAGAGCCCGAGUCCUCACCGCGUAUGGGCAAGCUACGUUGAGCUGCUGCAGUUCUACGGUUCGAGCGGUGUCCCGCGUGACAUCCACCAGGGCGUGCUCAGGAAGUGCUCGCCCUCCGCUGCGCACUUGCGCGCUGUCUCCGCGAAGCUUAUGGCGGAAGGGGGGAGGUUCAGGGACGCGCUGCUCUAUGAGACGCGUUUUCGAGACGUGAUCCGCAACCUUCGUAGCUCGGGUGGGGUGCCGGCGCUGGAGGACUACCACUGCGUCCUGGACCAAUUCGCCGCGCUCGGAAACUACGAAAGCGCGAUGCGGGUUCUGGACGAGAUCACGCAGGUCGGGCUUGCCAAGCAGCCAGACACGUACGGUCUGUGUUUACGGGCUCUCAGCUACCGCCUCACCCUACCCGUCUGGCACCUCCGCCGACCUAUGCUCGUGGACGAGAUCACCGAACACUGCAUGAAUAUCCUCGAAGAGAUGUCGCAGGAAAACGUGGCAUACACCCCUACGAACGUCGACCUGGCCUUUCGAAUACUGAAGGAGACCCUGAACAUGCAGGGUUUCGCUGCGCUGCUGAAGGGCGCGUUUGGGAUCGACUUGGCUUAUCCGGACAGGUCACCGCUGGAGUUCUGGGAGAAGAAGGCCGCCGCAUCUGCCGAGGACGCGGCGGAGGACGGUCUGUCGCAACGACUGCCGAUGCGGAUGCCCUUCACUUGCUCUACUCUCAAUACGGCCCUCGACUACCUCGGGCGCGCCGGGAACGUCUCGAAGAUGGUGCAACUCUUCGAGGUCACGACCAAUCCUUUGCCGUCUUCGACGUCGAACCCCGCAUUCAACGACGACGAAGAUGAUGACUUCGGAAUCUCAAACCCGCAGGUCGCGCCGUACAGUCCUCCACACAUACGGCCAAACACCACCACAUUCCACAUCAUGCUCAGACACAUACACAAAGCUGGGCACGAGGUACUCGCGCGACAUUACCUGCUCGUCGCGUUGGAAGCGGGACGCAACGAAGGCAGGUCAUUACGCGAGAUGACACGACUAAAGCCGCCUGAAGAGAUCGUCUCUCCUCGCGUUUCCGUGACCCGAAGCCUGCUCCUUUCCGUCGCGUCGCUUGCCAACGACAACAAGGACGUCGAUCUGCUUCGCUGGGUGUCACACAAGACCCGACAAACCGCGCGGUGGAAGCGGCGUGAUCUGGAUUACUACACCCAGGUUCGCGCGCGGUGGAUUGCGGAGGGGCUCUACCAACCUCCGGCUCUCAGCGAUGCAGCGCUGGAAGGCGUCGAAGAGGAGCUGCCCCUAGGUCCAUCGUCCUCGCGGUUUUCCAGCUUCUUCAGCCCUUCCUCCUCCCUCUCACAUGUCGACGACUCUAAGGCCUCAAUCGCGUCCGCACCAGAGACCAAGCCGUUCGACAUCGACCUGCACGUGAACCUUCUCCGCCGCGACUUGCACAGCCUAAUCGCAUUCGAGGCCCGCGUCGACGACGUGCUCGCGCGCACGGUGCAGCGCAUCAAGGAGCGGCUGGGCCGUCGUGUCUGGGGCGGCAAAAACAUCUUCCUGAGCGACGUGGAGAGGCGGCUGCCGGUGUCGAGGGAGUUCUGGAAGCGGAACGUCAACUACCGUCCGCUUAGCGAGGUGCGGGCGCAGAGCGUGGCGCCCUCAGCGCGCAGGCAGUCAGGGAAGCCGAAGCCCUCGGCGCCGGCCCGCGCAGAACCUGCACCGACGGGUUCUGAGGCAGACCUAGUUUCGCCUCCAUCCGCAUCCGCAUCGACAUCCGCCCCUACGAGCCAGGGACAGUCAUAGACGGCAUUAAUGUAUCAUAUCACGACUUAUUGCACACUACUAUCUUCCGCACUAAUCCCGGAGCAGGUGGUACGGCGGGUUGGGUCAGGGAGCAUGCGGUGCACACGGUACAUACCCCUGUACACUUUCCGAGUCGCAUAUAUGCAGACCUCGGAGGCUUACGAGACCAGAAACGAGGC